AUGGCUGUCGAAGAAAAUAAAUUCGAGAAAACUUUUGAUGUUAUUGCUUCAUCGUUUGGUACUUUGAACAAGUUGGCUUCUGCUUGGAGCAACACCAACAUGACUAGUGUUGAAUUUAUGGGAAAAUUUACAUUUUGUAUCAACACCGAAGUCUUCAACGAGAAAGUUCGCGUUGAACUUUCAUCGAAUGAAGAUAUUCAACGUAGUUUCAUUGGAAGAGGAUAUCAACAAGUUACUUCAUAUGUUGAUACUAAUUCAAUGAAGACUGAAGGCUACUGCUUUCUCUAUUCAGUUCCAUAUGAUUUCGAAGACUUUGUUCAGCACAACAAUUCUUAUCAAGGUGGCAUGUUUCAGAAAGUUCGACAAUUGACGAUGUAUAAUAAAAUUCCUUUUGAAUUAUUUAAACUAAUUUCUGAAGAUUUUCCUUUUCUUCAAUUCCUAUAUAUAUCUAAUGGUCAUCCACAACAAGACAAGUCACAUUCAUCAACAUUAAUCACAUUUCCUUAUCUUACAUUUCUCAAUCUAAAAUAUGCGCAUGUUGACUAUGCUGAACUAUUUCUCUUGAAAAACAAUGUUCAUCUACCUCGUUUGUUAGAUCUUCGUAUCGAAUACCAAUGA